AUGUUGUCCGUGCGUGUUGCAGCAGCGUUGGCCAGGACCCUGCCUAGAAGGGCCGGAUUAGUGUCCAAGGCUGUGCCGGUCGCCUGCGUUGGGGUCAACCACCUCCACACACAUAGACCAUGGCUACAAAAGACUGGCACAGCUGAGGUGUCUUCAAUCCUGGAAGAGAAGAUCAUGGGAGCAGACACCUCCGCUGACCUGGAGGAGACCGGGCGCGUGCUGUCAAUUGGUGACGGUAUUGCCAGGGUGUACGGUCUGAGGAAUGUCCAGGCAGAAGAGAUGGUGGAAUUCUCCUCUGGACUCAAGGGUAUGUCUCUGAACUUGGAGCCUGACAAUGUCGGCGUGGUGGUGUUCGGUAACGACAAAUUGAUCAAGGAGGGCGAUAUCGUGAAGAGGACCGGUGCCAUCGUGGACGUUCCUGUGGGCGAGGAGCUGCUCGGACGUGUGGUGGACGCUCUGGGAAACGCCAUUGAUGGAAAGGGUCCUCUGGGGUCUAACACAAGGAGGCGUGUAGGUCUGAAAGCCCCAGGUAUUAUCCCCCGUAUCUCUGUGAGGGAGCCCAUGCAGACUGGAAUCAAGGCCGUGGACAGCUUGGUGCCCAUUGGCAGAGGCCAGCGUGAGCUUAUCAUUGGUGACAGGCAGACUGGCAAAACCGCCAUUGCCAUUGACACCAUCAUCAACCAGAAGCGCUUCAACGAAGGCACUGACGAGAAGAAAAAGCUGUAUUGUAUCUACGUGGCCAUCGGCCAGAAGAGGUCUACCGUGGCCCAGUUGGUGAAGAGGCUGACUGACGCCGAUGCCAUGAAGUACACAAUUGUGGUCUCGGCCACCGCCUCCGAUGCGGCACCCCUGCAGUACCUAGCCCCAUACUCGGGCUGCUCCAUGGGCGAGUAUUUCCGUGACAACGGCAAGCACGCCCUCAUCAUCUACGACGAUCUGUCCAAACAGGCCGUAGCUUACCGUCAGAUGUCUCUGUUGCUGCGUCGUCCCCCUGGUCGUGAGGCCUACCCCGGUGAUGUGUUCUACCUGCAUUCCCGUCUGCUGGAGAGAGCCGCAAAGAUGAACGACAAUUUUGGCGGCGGCUCCCUCACCGCUCUGCCAGUCAUCGAGACCCAGGCCGGAGACGUGUCCGCCUACAUCCCCACCAACGUCAUUUCCAUCACUGACGGACAGAUCUUCUUGGAGACUGAGCUGUUCUACAAGGGCAUCCGCCCCGCCAUCAACGUGGGUCUUUCUGUGUCCCGAGUGGGUUCUGCUGCUCAGACCAGAGCCAUGAAGCAGGUGGCCGGUACCAUGAAGCUGGAGCUUGCUCAGUACCGUGAAGUGGCUGCUUUCGCCCAAUUCGGCUCCGAUCUGGACGCCGCCACCCAGCAGCUUUUGAACAGAGGCGUCAGGCUCACGGAACUGCUCAAGCAGGGACAGUAUUCACCCAUGGCCAUCGAGGAGCAGGUGACAGUCAUCUACGCCGGUGUCAGGGGACACCUGGACAAAAUGGAGCCCAGCAAAAUCACAAAGUUCGAGAAGGCUUUCCUGCAACACAUCCUCAGCCAGCACCAAGACUUGCUCGCUGCAAUCAAGGCUGAUGGCAAGAUCUCAGAGGCAUCUGAUGCCAAACUGAAGCAGAUUGUCCUGAACUUCCUGUCCAGCUUUGAGUGA